GCAGGAUUCACAGCACCCUCCACUCUGAAUUCAGACAAAAGCCAGAACAGGAAGACUCGCAAUCCUGAAUGCUUUAUGAACGUUGCUUCAUAGCAUUUCCUACGUAUCCUGAUUUGGCCCAAAGGGUUAAAGUGUUCUUUGCUUUGGGACCAGUAGGCACAAUCACACAUGCUACCAGUCCUCUGGUAGCAUUUACAGAUCUUCCCCGAUCACUGAUCAGGGUAUGUCACUCCUCUUUCUAAAAGACAUAAUUGUCUGCUUCAUCUCUACUGGAUUCCCCCAACCUGAACUGAUUUUAAGGGGGUGAUGAGUUAAGAAUGAAUUCAGUGUAUCAGACUGCUGAAAGUGCCGGUAGACUUCAGGCUUUCCACGGAGCUAAGCUGCAAGGCUUGGCAUGGCAUCUCUUUUGGAACUUCUUUAACAAAACAGGUAUGCUUUCACCAUUAUUUGUUUAAAUCAAAUAUUUUUGAGGGGAGCUCACAAAUACCAGAAUGAAAGGAGUUCGACAUAGUCCACUAAAUCUAGCCUUAAGGACUAGUAGAAAACCAUAAAUAAGAUAUUAGACAUCUUAAUUUUAUUAGACUUGCAGUUCAUUUACACUUGUGAAAUAUUUACUUGUAAAAUUAUAAAGGAAACACCUAUUUCACACCAGAAUUUGCCAGUUUAAUAGAAUUUGCUGGGAAUGGUGGAAAUCCCGCAUGCUGUACUUUAUGUCAAACUGCAGGACCACUUGCUGUUUCUAAGCUGUACCCAUUAUGUGACUGUAGAGCACCCAGCUCCACACCCUUCUCAUUUGUCUGCUCCCUCUUAGUAGCAGUACUCAUAGCAUGGUUUGCACACCUGCCGAGACGAAAUAUUAGGGCAAAAAGGGGCUUCCUAUACCCUGCAGUCCGGAGUGCAGCCGAGUGCCCUUUCUCACUGAUGUCAGCGCACUAACCCCAGAUGGAGAGUGACCUCCAGGGCUCAUGCCCGAUAAGAAGCAGGAAGGAAUGUGGUGUGCUCUUGGGAAGAAUAAACUUCAAAGGAUACUGGGAUGGCAAACGGUUUCAGCAAUCUUAGUUAAGAGGCAAGGCUAUUAGAGGAGCGGGAAUGACAGUUUUCUACAUGAAAUAUUCCUGCAACAAGGGGGAAAAGAGUUUUGCGUUUUUCCUCUCUUCCAUUGCUGCUGGGCUGCAGAGGAGUUCUUCACCAGAAGGAACUGUUGAAAGGGCCUCUAACGCAGAUCUGAGGAUCUCUGGGAAAAGUUUGUUAUAGUAUCUUUGCUACGUAGCUGGGGCAGAAUACAAAAUCUGAACAUGCUGAGCAUGUCCAAGAGCGCCUUAAUACAAAGCCGAAUAGACACAUACGUAGGACAUUCCCCUGCUGGAACAUCGGUACAGAACAUCAUCCAUUGGCAUCAGCCCAUUUGUCAGGCAGCUUAUAAUAACAAUUUCAACGAAGUUCAGCUCCUUUUGGAGCACAACAGCAACUGUCUGAACAUCCAAGACAGCUUCGGUGGAGACACCCCUUUAAUCUGUGCAUGCAAACAGGGAAACAACAGGAUAGUUAGUUAUCUUCUGAAAAGAAAUGCUGAUGUCAACCUCAGAAACAAGAAAGACCGCACAUGUCUGCAUUACGCUGUGCGAAAACGGUUUACCUUCCUUGACUAUGUGCUCAUCAUAAUCCUCAUGCCAGUUAUGCUUCUUGGAUACCUUCUUAUGGUCUCAAAGACUAAGCAAAAUGAAAACCUCAUCAAGAUGUUGCUUAGAGCUGGAGCGGAUGUUAAUGCUACAGACUUUUCUGGCAGCACAGCCCUUCACUACGCCUGUGAAAUGAAAAACCAGGCAGUCAUUCCUCUGCUGCUUGAAGCUCACGCAGACACCUCUGUAAAGAAUCAGGAUGGGGAGACUCCCUUAGAUAUAGCAAGAAGAUUGCAGUUCCACAACAUUGAAAGCAUGCUAAGGAAAACUUCCUAGUCAUCAAGGACUCUUGGACGCGCAAAAAAAUUACCUCAUCUGGCAAUCCAUCUUGCACAGCAGCAGGAGUUGUGCAGAGGGUUGAGGGCUGUUACUUGAUAAAGACUUGGUCCAAAUCCACCAUUCCUUGCUGCAGAUUUUGACUCUUUUGUGUGAGACUUGUCAAUACCCCCAAGACCACGUGGGCUGAAAGGAGUUUGUUUGAUUUUACUAAGCCGUGAAUGAUUACAAUAGCUUUCAAAAUAUGGCCCUGCGUAUCUGCUUCCCUGGUUUCAGUACUUGAUUGCACAGACUGUGGAUUUUGAAAGCCAGCUGUAAUAUUCUGGAAGCUUAAACAUUGCACAUGACAGUUGGCAGCCAAUGCAAAAAUGAAAUAUUCUUUAGAGUGUGUGUUACUUUUUCUGUAGGGGAUACACUUGACAACUGAACAAUAUGCCACAGCAGUUUGUACCAAGUCCAGUACCCAUCCUCUUUGUUUUUCCCUUCCUACAAUGGGAGUGACUGGGAAAGUAGAUCUCUCAGCUUAGCCUUCCUCCUUCCAUCCCUGCUACAGGUCUCACACACCUUAAUUCUCACUGUGUUGUUACAAGAGAAGGAUUAUCUUAUAUAUAUAAAAAAAAAAAAAGAAACAAAAGAAAUAGCAAAAAGAGAUUCAGUGAGUUGCUGGGGACCACAAAGAAAGCCAAUUCCCAGGUUGCUUUAAUGCAUUAAGAAGUAACAAUGAAAAUAUGUUUGGCCUGGUAGAGAAAUAAGUCUCUUGACUACCUUUCCGAUAGAAACAGCGUACUAAAGGAAAAAAAAAUCAACAAAUGAAAUGCUGUUGUUGGGAACCAGGGGUAUCCUUCCGACGGGACUGGACCGGAUAGCAUGCUUUGCAGAGUCACGCAUGCAGCAGGGGGUGCAUAUACCAAAUAAUAGUAGAUUAAUGAGUCUUCUCUUGCAUAGGUGGAGACAGAAGAAAACCUGCAGUGUAAGCUAUGUAUUAACGUGCCUGGUACUUUGUGAUUUAAUAAUGCAGAAAUAAAGGGGAAUCACCUUUUAAA